AUUUGCGCGCUCUGCAAACUGCCUAGAUCAUUUGUGCCUCUCUACUAUCAAUUCACUUUCGGCUGGCUUCACGCUUCGGUCGAAACUGGACAGUUAAAUGACUGAACAUGGAAAUGUACUGUAAAGGUUUUUCAGGAAAUACUUACAGGUCCCUGCUAGCUCUCCUCCCAGAACAGAACAGAGACACAUCUGAGGCCUGCUGCAGUUAGAGCUCAUUUCUCACCGUUAGACACCAUCCACAUCAUCCAGACUCACCAUGACCUCAACUCAUGAAAGGCUAUUGUGGGGAGCACCGAGGAGCAAGAGAAGAAAGAUCCCUUUAAACUUGGAGAGAAGAUGGCGUUCUUCAAAAACAACUUCUGGGGGGAGAAGAAUGCAGGCUUCGAUGUGUUGUACCACAACAUGAAGCAUGGCCAGAUUGCCACCAAGGAGCUGGCAGAGUUUGUCCGUGAGAGAGCGGCGAUCGAGGAAACCUACUCCAAGUCAAUGAGCAAACUUGCCAAAAUGGCAAGCAAUGGAAGCCCACUGGGGACAUUUGCUCCCAUGUGGGACGUGUUCCGGGUGUCAUCCGACAAGCUGGCUCUCUGUCAUCUAGAGCUGAUGCGCAAAUUAAAUGACCUCAUCCGUGACAUCAACAAGUAUGGUGAUGAGCAAGUCAAAGUUCACCGCAGGACCAAGGAGGAGCAGGUGGGAACUCUGGAGGCUGUUCAGGCAGUCCAGGUGCAGAGUGUUCACCUCCAGAAGUCCAGGGAGGGCUACCACGCUAAGUGUAUCGAGCUGGAGAGACAACGGAAAGAAGGAGCUCCCCAGAAAGAACUGGAGAAGGCGGAGCUAAAGUCUAAGAAAGCUGCAGAGUCCUUUGCUGUGUGUAUAGAGAAGUAUAACCGCGUCGGAGGAGACUUUGAACAGAAAAUGACUGAAUCAGCCCAGAAGUUCCAGGACAUUGAGGAAGCCCACCUGCGGCAAAUGAAACAGUUGAUCAAGGGCUACUCCCACUCCAUAGAGGACACCUAUGUCCAGGUGGGACAGGUCCAUGAGGAGUUCAAACAGAACGUGGAGAACAUCGGCAUAGACAACCUCAUCCAGAAAUUCUCAGAGCAGAAAGGCACUGGCAAAGACAGACCAGCCCUGGUAGGGUUUGAGGAGUACAUGACAGCUUUAGUACCAGAGGGGGGUAAGAAGACUCGAGGAAAAGCCUUCAGGAUUCCUGGACUGGGCAAGAGGGACAAAGAGCCAGACUCAACGGAUUCAGCUGUGCAAGAGACCCCGAAUUCUCCCCUGGAGGUGGAUGACGAGGGGUUUGUUAUCCGAGCAGACAUCAAGCAGAAUGGCUGCUCGACGGAAGACGGGGAGAACAAUUUCUACUCCAGCGACUCUGACUUUGAUGACGAGGAGCCCAAGAAGUUCCACAUCCAGAUCCGUCCUGUGGGAAGCAGCAGCCACAGCAACUCUGCUGCUACCGAGAUGGAGCUGAAGGCCACUGUGGGGGCCCUCACACUGCCCCCCAACAGAGGGGUGUCAAUCAAACGACAUCUCUCCAGGAACAGCAGUAUCGCCGGCCGGUCAGAGGCGGAGGGAGUCGGGGGUGCAUCCCACAGGGAGGGAGAUCAGGACAACCUACCCAGAUCCGCAUCCAGUCCCGAUCACAGCAGGUUCAGCUCUACUGCUUCAGGCGCAGACAGUCUCUUUGGACCUCCUUUGGAGUCAACUUUCAAGUCAAAAAGCUUUGCUGGUAGAGAGCAGCUACAGCGAGCUGAGAGCGCCUUUGGAGCAUCUGAAUAUGCCGCCUUCUCCUCCGACUCCUCCUCUCCUGAGAACGUGGAGGACUCGGGGCUUGACUCGCCUUCCCAUCAGCCCUUGGGCCCCUCCCCUGAGCCAGCUGGUUGGGCGGCAUGGCCGUCAACAGGUCAGGGUAAAGACCAAGCAGACCCCUUCCUCAGUGUCUUCAGAGAUCCCUCCCCGGGACGCAUCCCCCACCCCCAGGACGACCCUGCCAGUGUCUGGCCAGCUGCUCCACGAUCCCCACGCCCUCCUCUAGACGUGGAGCCCUUAGCCCUGCGCUUUUCGGCCUUCUCUCAGUCGCUGGCCCCACCAGAGCUGGAGCCGGCACUGUGGAACUGUAAACACGGUCCUCCUGAGGACCCCUUCCUGGCUGCAUUCGAAAAGACUGCCACCCAGGAGACGUUGCCCCCCCCCGACGCCUGGCACGCCCCACGCCCACGCCCCUCUCGAGAUGGGAGAGGGAUGGACGUGCGCGGCGACCCCUUCUCCGUCUCCAUCAGUGACAGCAAAACCCUCCCGGCCCCCUCCGCGUCGUCUCGCAAGGACAGAGACAGGAAACGGGACCGUAGCGUCCCGCCCCCUGAAUCACCCGACGACCCAUUCGCCAUCACUAUGAUUGGCAGCCCCACCCACCAGUCAGCCCUGGCCGCUGCAACAGGGGUCCUGACCCACGGUGUCAGCAGUAGUAGGCUGACUCCCAACUCCCUGCCCCUGUCCCAGGCCAAGAAGGAGAUGGUUCACUGGAACUCGGUCCACAACCCGUUUAGUGAGGCGCCCUCCGCUGGGUCUCUGGCCGUGGGGGGCGGGACGGUCCAGGAGGGCGGGAGGAAGCGGCGCGAGUCACGCAGUGAAAGCGAGCCACGUAGGAGCGGCAUCCCCCUCACGCGACAUUCUGGGCCACAGGAGGACCUGUGCUUUUCCACUGACAAAGACCAGAACUGUCUGGACCUGAACACACCACCGCUGCCCUGCAACAUGGGCUCACAAAACGACUCAAAACACAGCUUCAGGCAGGACAGUGCAGAGCUGCUGGUGACCGCCCCUCCCAGACCAGCCAGAUCCAAGCGUACCUCCGGCAGACUGAGUGGCUGUGAGCGAUCCAGGUCGGUGUGUUCGUCACCUCUGCCGGACCCCAGCCCGGACUUCACCUCGUCCUCGUCCUCCAGCCCCAGUGACUGGGGGGCCCAGACCCGCGCCCCGAGCCCUGCCAGAGGUGGGCAGCCUUCACCCCUCUCACACCUCCACCAGGACCACGCACGCCGACACAUGCACCUGUCUCGUGGACCAAGCCCGAUCUCCCUGAGUACCCAGGAGUCCUGGCCGGUGGCGGCGGCCAUCACAGAAUACAUUAAUGCUUACUUCAAAGGCGGACAGCAUAACCGCUGCCUGGUGAAGAUCACUGGGGAUCUCACCAUGUCUUUCCCUGCUGGAAUUACUCGUAUCUUCACUGCGAACCCCAACGCCCCGGUCCUCAGCUUUCGAUUGGUCAACAUCUCCCGGGUUGAUCACUUCCUGCCCAAUCAGAAGCUGCUCUACAGUGACCCGUCCCAGGUGGACCCAGACACCAGAGACUUCUGGUUCAACAUGCAGGCGCUGAACCUUUACCUGCAGAGAGAGGCUGAGCUCAACCCGCAGGCCUCCUACUAUAACGUGGCCCUGCUGAAGUACCAGGUGUCUUCCCAGGACCCCGGCCGCGCCCCCCUCCUGCUCUCCGCGGAGUGCCAGCGCAGUGGCACCGUGACCCGUGUUUCUCUGGACUACCACUGCUGCCCGGCCACGGCCCCCUCCACCCAGCUCACGGCCGUCCAGGUGCUGCUGCCCCUGGACCACACGGCCACAGACCUGCAGUGUCAACCACCGGCCACCUGGAAUUCUGAGGAGCGACGGCUACUGUGGAAACUUCCCAACCUCUCUCCUACCAACCACAGCAAAGGCUCUGGAACCCUGUGUGCCAGCUGGCAGUGCCUGGAGGUUCCUCGCGGCCCUCCCCCGAGCCUGGCAGUCCAGUUUGUUGGCUCCGGGGCCUCUCUGUCAGGCAUGAAUGUGGAGCUGGUGGGCAGCCGCUACCGUAUGUCCCUGGUCAAGAAGAGAUUUGCCACAGGGAAGUACAUGGCAGGCUGCUCCUUGUAAGAAGGCACCAGUGGGAGUUCCUGGAGAACACAUUGCACUUUUAGCCCUCUGGGCUGUAUUGACCUCCCCUCCAGGAUGGAAAGGAUAUACUGGGAUGCUUGUGACCAGGCAGACUCCUGGCCUAGGAUGGCAAUGUGCACUUAACAUGUGGUGUCCUGGCCAAUAGAAGGAUCAUGCUUGUUUUGGGAGCAGGUCUUUUCUCUCUUUCGGCGCUGCGUUGUACACAAUCCUCACCCUUUUAUAGUAGCGUGUACCCUUGGCUUUUCAUUGUAUUACAUUUUGUUUGCGUGUUCAUUUGUUCUAUGUGCCUUUAUAGCAGGACUUUUAGAAUUGAAAGUUGAUUUUAUGAAAAUAUAUAAAAUUGUAUAAAUAAACGUACUGCUUAUGUCUUAAAAAGGAUUGCAAUCAAAACUUGAAUUUGAAAUGUACUUAAGGAAUAUUUCAAAAGUAAUGUGGAGGUAGGUAGCGAGCAGUCACAGUAGAAAUAACAGUUCAUUUGCCAGGAGACAGUGAAGCAUCCACAUCUUAAACCUCAUGGUCCCAUCUGUGCAAAGCAUAGCUACGAGGAACUGAUCAGUCACAUCUUCCUAAUGACUUUUUCAUAUCUAUUCAUGUUUAAUACACAUUUCUUUAAGCAAUAGUUUAGUGACUCCUACAGAGAAUGAGCAACAUUGCUCAAGCUUUAAUCUGGAUGAGUAAAUGGAGAUACGUAUGUUAUUCUCUGACACCUGAGGUUUUUAACUAUUUCUAUACAAAAGUAGCAAUGCCUCUUCAAUGGACCACAAACAUGCAGGCACUUGGGAGUUGAUUUUGAAAAGUUACAUCAAGAGGCCAUUACCUAUUGGAAUAAUGAAGACUUAGGGAAUAUAAGGUUCUGUGUAAAAAAAUAUAAUUUAAGUCUGAGUUUACUGGCUUUACAUUUAUCACUAAUUACCCCUUUCCACAAAAAUGAAAGUUAUUUAUAAGAAUCUUACAGGGGUGAGUGCAUAUUUUUACUGUGUGGGAAUGUAACCCAUAUCAUGCUCUACCAACCAACUUCCCAGGUACCUAGAUCUCAUGUGAAAGACCACCUAAAGUGCAACUUUGUGAAAACCACAUUUGACCAAAAUGUCAGAACCUUUACGUCCCACGGUUUCCGUUUUCAUUUAAUAAAUAAUGAACUUGA